GCUGCGCUGAGACAGUUGGUUUGAGUGCUGUGUGGCCGCCGCCUUAGAGGAGGAUAGCUGAGCGGGCGGCUGCAGUCGCCGGUCUGCCCCUAAGCCUCGCGCCCGCCUCGCCCACCUCCCGCGUGGCGCCGGUUCAUCACUGAGAGUUGGCGGGGUGUGCGGAACACGAGGGUCGCACCGCGGAGGCUGCUCGCGGCUGAGUCUUCCAGUCACCGGCCCUUCUUCCUGCUGUGCCCUUGCGCGGCCGUCUCGGUUGGCGGGAUGGCGGCGGCCGGGAGGAGUGACCGCGCAUCUGCGCCCGGGCUGCUGCUGCUCCUGCUGGUUUCGCUACUGUGGGCCCCGGUGGGGGUUCGAUCCGCCCCCGACGAAGACCCUAACCACCGGAACAAGGAACCGCCGGCGCCUGCCCAGCAGCUGCAGCCGCAGCCUGUGGCGGUGCAGGGCCCCGAGCCGGCCCGGGGCGAGAAAGGAGUCACACCAGCAGCCCCAGUUCAUACUAACAAGGAAGAACCAGCUACUGAAACUAAUUUGGGAUUUAUCCAUGCAUUUGUAGCUGCCAUAUCAGUUAUCAUUGUAUCUGAAUUGGGUGAUAAGACAUUUUUUAUUGCUGCCAUCAUGGCAAUGCGCUAUAACCGUUUGACGGUGUUGGCUGGUGCUAUGCUUGCCUUGGGCCUCAUGACUUGCUUAUCAGUUUUGUUUGGCUAUGCCACCACAGUCAUUCCCAGGGUGUAUACAUACUAUGUUUCAACUGCGUUAUUUGCCAUUUUUGGCAUUAGAAUGCUUCGAGAAGGCUUAAAGAUGAGCCCAGAUGAGGGUCAAGAGGAAUUGGAAGAAGUUCAAGCAGAAAUAAAGAAGAAAGAUGAAGAACUCCAACGAACCAAACUUUUAAAUGGACCAGGAGAUGUUGAAACCAGUACGAGUGCAACGAUACCUCAGAAAAAGUGGUUGCAUUUUAUUUCACCCAUCUUUGUUCAAGCUCUCACAUUAACAUUCUUAGCAGAAUGGGGUGAUCGCUCUCAACUAACUACGAUUGUUUUGGCAGCUAGAGAGGAUCCCUGUGGUGUGGCUGUGGGUGGAACAGUAGGACACUGUUUAUGCACAGGCUUAGCAGUAAUUGGAGGAAGAAUGAUUGCACAAAAAAUCUCUGUCAGAACUGUGACAAUCAUAGGAGGCAUCGUUUUUUUGGCGUUUGCAUUUUCUGCACUAUUUAUAAGUCCCGAUUAUGGUUUUUAACAAGCUGUUGCAUUUAUAUUUAGUUUAAGAUAGGUAACUCAUCUUUCUAUACAUAGUGUACAUUAUAACUAAAAGUGAUGGGAAACACUGUAUUUUGUAGCAGUGAUUUGUGAGUUUGACCCAUUUAAUGAAAGUAUUAUGUCCAUGAAAUAAUCACUGAUUCUAUCUGCAACAUGGAUUUUUAAAAGAAACCUAAUUCUAAGCAUGAAUUUUUUUUUUCUCCAGCAUACUUGAUAAUAUGGUCUCUCUCUGUCUUUUUUUUUUGGUAUAUACAGAACCAUUGUGUGGUGGGUUCUACCACUUGAAUUUCUUUUAGUACUGCCCCCCUUUUUUAAUAAGAAAUAUAAAUUUUCUUCUGGAUCACUGAGGCAUUUUAAGACAUUUACCUUAAAAUUUUUCUUGGAGGAAGAAUGAAUUAAUCUUUUAACACAUUUCCCUGAGCCAGUAUGUGGUAGUUUCAUCAGAAGACUUUUCAAAAUUAUAUUCUUGGUUAAAAAAAGAUAAGUAUGAUUAAUAUCACUAUUGUGAUUAAUAUCACUAUUAUAUCAAUAACAUGACACAACAGGAUUUGUUUGCCAGAUCUGUUCCCCCUCUUUUCUUUUAAUUGGGUAGGAGACCCAAUAUAAAAAACAGUCAAUAUUUGACUGUGAAAUUACCAAAUUAAGAGAAUACUAUGAAUGUAUUCAUAUUUUUUCUAUACUGAAUAACAAUGUAACAUAGAUGCAAUGUAAAUAAAAGUGGUAUGACUGGUG